AUGCUCCCCCGCGCUCUUGCCGGGGUAUGCGGCAGCUCGACACAGUCGACGCCCGACAUUGCUAUAUUCCACGCCAUCUGUGCGGGGUCCGCCUUCAAUUUAUUCGAACUGUCGGGUCGCAGGGAUUCGACUCUAGAAGUCCUCGCCCUCAAUCACGAGGGACUGGAGUUGGAGCACCUGCGAUUCUGUCUCGGGCGCCAAGACGUAAUCCGUAGCCAGUCCCUUGGCCCGGCCAUCUUGGCGUCCAUAAUGGUGGAUGCCGUCUCCGGGACGAAAGGAAGAUGGAAAACACACUUGAGCGGCGGAAUAUCAUACCUGAAACAUCUCCAGAGACAGAGACGUCUUGCCGAGGAUGAGUAUGAAUUCCCGGCCAACAUUCUCCGGAUGGCGUUGCUGAGCCACUGGGACAUGUCUGGCGAGAGGAAUCUAGCGCUUGAUUCAUUCGACCUCGACGAUGCCAACUGCUUCUCCGGCGCACGCAGCCCACUCUUCGCAAACCUCGCGGCCAUGGCCCGGUUUGAAGGGUCUACUGAUUAUUGCCCAUCAACGAGCGAGCUGGACACGUUUGAGCUGCAAUUAUACUUGAGCUUUCCCCCGAGUCAGGACUCGCAAAGAAUCGACCUCGAUCCCUGCGCCGCCGCCGCCGAGACACACGCAGCGCGGGCAUUCUACUACGCGAGCCUGGUGCACUUCCAACGCACGAUACGCAAAACACCUCCCGAUGCGGUUCGCUCGCUCGUGAACAUCGGCCUCCAGGAACUCGAAGCGAUACAGACUGCGACUGGCGGAGCUGCGGGAGUCAUGGUCCUCUGGCCUGCCCUUGUGCUGGGGGCCGAGGCAUCAACCCACGACCUCAAAGCGCGGGUGAGAAUAUGGUUUCAAGCGAAGGAGGUCUUUGGCAUUAGAAAUGUGCACGUGAUCCACGAUCUCAUCAAGGACCUGUGGGCACGAAGAGCGCAUGAUAGCAGUUUGGCCUGGCAGCAUCUAAUUGUGGAGGAGAGGUAUGAUGUCUUUAGAUUGUAG